CCAGGAGAAAGUGCAGGCACACGGGAGCUCCCCCCCUACACAGCGCGUCGCCCUUCGCUCGGAGGCUAUCUGGAGCUCCAAAGAAAACAGCCUCUCCUCCGCACUGACCCCCGCCCAGGGACGCGCCGCGCUCUCCAGCCAGCGGUCAUGGCCACGACGCUGGAGGGCUGCCGCUGUCGGGGUGCGAGCCUCCGCGGCAACAGCAGAAGCAACUGCAGUAGCGGCAGCCACAGCCACAGCAGCAACAGCAACAGCAGCAGCAUCCUUUACAGCAUUCUUAAGAGUGACAGAGAGGAACAACAACAACACCAAACGCUACAUAACUUACUCCAAAGCCACAGGACCUCCUCCUCUUCCUCGUCCGCCUCUUCUGUCGCCUCCGGGACGGCGUGGCGACAUCAGGAGCAGCAACAGCAGUGCUCCUGCGGGACAACGCGGCGCCGCGGGCUCCUCCGCUCCCCGCAGGUGACGUGCAAAGCAGCCUCCGCCAUCCUGGUCAAGACGCUGCGAUUCGUCAAGAACGUGCCGUGCUUCAGGGAGCUGCCCGAGGAUGAGCAGGUGGUCCUGAUCCGGAGCGGCUGGGCGCCCCUGUUGGUGCUCGGGUUGGCCCAGGACCGCGUGGACUUUGAGACCACGGAGACUGUGGAGCCGAGCAUGCUGCAGCGGAUUCUCACUGGGGCACCCCAAAGUCAGAGCGAAUCGGCGCCGGUGACUGUGGCCGACCCAAGUCGAGGGGCUGGAGCCGGCGUGUCGUUGGCCGACAUCGAAACCAUUAAAGGCUUCUUGAAGAAGUGCUGGAGUGUUGACAUCAGCACCAAGGAGUACGCCUAUCUGAAGGGAGCCGUGCUCUUCAACCCGGAUCUGGAGGGUCUCCGCUGCCUGCCGUACAUCCAGUCGCUGCGGCGCGAGGCCCACCAGGCCCUCAAUGAGCACGUCCGACUGAUCCAUCGCGAGGACGCCACACGCUUCGCCAAACUGCUCAUCGCCCUGUCCAUGCUGAGGUCCAUCAGCCCUUCGGUGGUGGCCCAGCUCUUCUUCAAGCCCAUCAUCGGGAGCGUCAACAUUGAGGAGGUGCUCAUGGAGAUGUUCUACGGGAAAUAAGGACCCCUUGCCCCCUCCACGCACCACUCCCAGGCCUCUACUACAGGUGACCCUCCAUCUGCCCGAUGGACUGAAAGGCUCUUAUUGGACAAGUGAGAAGAACUUACAAAAAAGGCGUGUGUGAAUGCUUUGUUAUGUUAAAAAAAAGCCACUGUAAUUCAUUGCUUAACUUAUUUGUUUUAUAAACUAUUUUUCUAAAAUAAACUCCCUCAAGUGUUGCUCUUCAGCGCUUUUAUUGACACACUUUCCACAGGGUCAGCUGACCUCCGUGCUACAUGAACAUGCAGAUAAACGGCUGACAAAACUCACACGGUUACCUUCAGCGAAUUUGGGCCAGACAGAUUUGGGCCAGCAGCUUGUUUACGUUUUGAUAAAGCUCCAAUGUGACAAAUGUAAGCCUGUCUUUGUUUAACUGGAAUAAAUUGUUUCUGAGCCAUAAUAUUAGGGAUACCUCCACAAUGUCAAUCCAACCUAGUAAUUAUUACUUUUGUGAAGACAGAAUUUUCAGAUUUUCAUUUCUUUUAUACCAUUAUAAAGUGCAAGUAUAUCUAAUGAAGUGUCUUGUAAAUAAACCUCCUCUGACACGUUAA